GCGACAAAAAACCCAUUGUUGCUCAAAGCUUUGAAAUUACUUUUCAAUUACGGAAAACACCACUGCUUGCGCCAUAAACCGCGUUUCUCCAAAAUUCCCACAUUCGAAUAUAUCGAUUACUUCUUCACUUCACCAAAAUGUUCUCUACAUUUGUUUUUCCCCUGUUUCCACUCCUACCCUUUGAUCAUCAUCAUUGUCAUCAUCAAUCAUCAUCGUUUCCCCUUUGGGAGAAACACAGAAAAUUCUGUACAAGAAAACACAUAAGUGGAUGAAUGGCUACCAGAAAGGACACUGCUCGCGGAUUUGGUCCUCAAUAUGAUCAUCAAACCACCCCUCCAGGUGUUCCAGGUCGAUCGUUUUCAAAAAGUAACAGUCUCCACGUAGAGUUAUCUUCAGACACCUUGGAACCAACAUCAUUUCAGCACCGACUUCAAAGAUCAAAAACUGAGAGGCUGAGACAUGAAACCAUAUUUGCAGAAGAUGCAGCUCAUAUAUUAGAUAUUAAAAUUCCCAUUGAUCAGAAGAUUAAAUUGUUGCACAGAGUAACUACUGUGAAAGAUGAUGGGUCUGUCGAGUUUGAAGUUCCAGAAGACAUCGAAUCUCUAUCUAUCAACGUUGAAUCUGAAGAAAUUUUCACUAAUGUUGAUGAUGAACCCCUUGAUACAUCUGACUUUCAGUAUAUAAGGCCCAUGCAAAUAGUAAUACUUAUCGUCGGAACCCGGGGAGAUGUGCAGCCAUUUAUUCCAAUUGGCAAGCGUUUGCAGGACUAUGGCCAUCGUGUUAGAUUAGCUACUCAUCCAAAUUUCAAGGAAUUUGUCUUGCUGGCUGGAUUGGAAUUUUAUCCUUUAGGGGGGGAUCCUAAAGAGCUUGCAGCUUAUAUGGUAAGAAAUAAAGGCUUCUUGCCUUCUUGGCCUUCUGAGAUACUUAUUCAAAGAAAUCAAAUGAAGGAAAUUAUUUAUUCCCUUCUUCCAGCUUGCAAAGAUCCCGAUAUGGAUACCGGGAUUCCCUUUGAAGCAGAUGCAAUCAUUGCCAACCGCACAGCAUAUGGGCACACACAUGUGGCAGAGGGACUUAAGCUACCGCUUCAUAUAUUUUUUACAAUGCCAUGGACGCCAACUAGUGAAUUUCCACAUCCACUAUCCCGAGUCAAGCAACAAGCAGGGUAUAGGCUUUCAUAUCAAAUCGUUGAUUCCUUGAUUUGGCUUGGACUGCGAGACAUUAUUAAUGAUUUUAGGAAGAAGAAGCUGCAGAUACGACCUGUAACAUAUUUAAGUGGUUCACAAUUCUCUGAAUCUGACGUGCCACAUGUUUAUUUGUGGAGUCCCUACAUCGUUCCUAAACCCAAAGUUGUAUGUAGUAUCUUUGAAAAUGAACAAGAGAAGGAAAAGAGAAGAUUUGAGCUGCCAAGAUAUUGCUUCCUUGAUCUUUCAUCAAAUUAUGAACCUCCCGAGUCACUUGUGAAAUGGCUUGAAGCUGGAGACAAGCCUGUCUAUAUUGGUUUUGGCAGCCUUCCUGUACAAGAUCCAGAAAAGAUGACACAAAUUAUCAUACAAGCAUUGGAAACCACCAAACAGCGGGGUAUCAUUAAUGAAGGGUGGGGUGGCCUUGGAAAGUCUGCAGAACCGAAGGACUUCUUAUAUUUGUUGGACAAUUGCCCUCAUGAUUGGCUUUUUCCUAAAUGCAAGGCUGUGGUACAUCACGGUGGUGCUGGAACAACUGCUGCUGGUCUAAAAGCUGCGUGCCCAACUACAAUUGUUCCUUUCUUUGGUGACCAACCUUUCUGGGGGGAACGAGUACAUGACAGAGGAGUUGGCCCUCCACCCAUCCCAGUUGAUGAGUUCUCACUUCAAAGAUUGGUGAAUGCUAUAAACUAUAUGCUUGAUCCCAAGGUAAAAGAGCGGGCUGUCUUGCUUGCAAAGGUUCUCGAGAACGAGGAUGGGGUCGAAGGUGCAGUGAGAGCGUUCUUCAGGCAACUUUCUCGUAGGAAACUUGAGCCAGAGCCCGAACCUCAGAAGUCAAAUCUUUUGUUUAUUAGGAAGUGUUUUGGUUGCUUUUGAACGUUGGAUUGGGUGGUGGGUUCUGUAUUUAAUUUGCAAAUACCUCUUUUGCUGAAUCUUGUGCAGGAUGAAGAUUUGUUCAUGGGAUGGCAAGACUACAAUGAAAGCAUCAUGUAUUAUAAUCGUUGUAAAAUUUAAGGUUAAAGAAAUAAAUGUGAGUUUGAUAGAUUGUUUUGUUUCUGUAAAGUCAUCUUUUAAGAAUUGUGAUUGUUUGGUGUACUAAAAGCUUUUAAUGGUCAAUAUACAAUAAAAUCUUAAAUUUUGAUAA